AGAACAGCGCCGGGAGCAAGGGACGAGCGAGAGGCCGGCAGAGUGGCCGCUUGAGGCUCCGCCGCCGCUGCAACUGCGCGGGCGCUGGGAGAGCACUCUGGCUCUCCGAGAGGCUCGAGCUGGGCAGGACUGCCGCUGCAGUGAAAGGCCCUCUUCGCUGAAGCCCUGCGGGAGCCAGCAGCUUAACUUGGGUGUGCAGCAGGCAGAGCGCAGCGACUAGGCACAUCCAACCGGUUGUUUGACCCGAAGGUCUGCUCAGGGUGUUCAAGCCCAGCCUCGACUACAUCCUGGGCACCUCCCGCCUCCUGGCCCUGGAGCGGAGUGCAGGAUUCACGAUCUUCUGGAACAACCACAAAUCCAAUUUGGGAUUUUUUUUCUGAGCAAACCAGAACCUACAGGUUGCUCCUUUGAUGCUGGAUUUAAUUCGCAUAUAUUUUGAGCGAGUUGGGCCUCUCCCCAUCGAUUUUUGAUCGCCGUUUUCGUGACAGUUACGCACACCUGCAUUCUAAUUCUUGUCGCUUUGGUUUGCUGUGCCCGCGUGGCUCCCUCGACUCGCAAGUGAAGAGAGGACACCGACGCGCAGAGCUUGGGGCGAUGUACCAAAGUCUGGCCAUGGCCGCCAACCACGGCCCCCCGCCCGGCGCCUACGAGGCGGGUGGCCCUGGCGCCUUCAUGCACAGCGCGGGCGCCGCGUCCUCGCCUGUCUACGUGCCCACGCCACGGGUGCCGUCCUCUGUGCUUGGCCUGUCGUACCUGCAGGGCGGAGGAGGGGGCACUGCGUCCGGAGCCGCUUCGGGUGGCAGCUCCGGGGCCGCCCCAUCGGGUGCGGGGCCAGGGACCCAGCAGGGCAGCCCCGGCUGGAGCCAGGCUGGAGCUGAGGGAGCUGCCUACACCCCGCCACCUGUGUCCCCGCGCUUCUCCUUCCCGGGGACCACUGGGUCCCUGGCGGCCGCAGCCGCUGCCGCCGCCGCCCGGGAAGCCGCAGCCUACAGCAGUGGCGGCGGGGCGGCCGGCGCGGGCCUGGCUGGCCGAGAGCAGUACGGGCGUCCCGGCUUCGCAGGCUCCUACUCUAGCCCCUACCCAGCCUACAUGGCCGACGUGGGUGCAUCCUGGGCCGCAGCCGCCGCCUCAGCAGGCCCCUUCGAUAGUCCAGUCCUGCACAGCUUGCCCGGACGGGCCAACCCUGCCCGACACCCCAAUCUCGUAGAUAUGUUUGAUGACUUCUCGGAAGGCAGAGAGUGUGUCAAUUGUGGGGCCAUGUCUACCCCGCUCUGGAGGAGAGAUGGGACAGGACACUACCUGUGCAAUGCCUGUGGCCUCUACCACAAGAUGAACGGCAUCAACCGACCCCUCAUUAAGCCUCAGCGCCGACUGUCUGCUUCCCGCCGGGUAGGCCUCUCCUGUGCCAACUGCCAGACCACCACCACUACACUGUGGCGCCGCAAUGCCGAGGGCGAGCCUGUGUGCAAUGCCUGCGGCCUCUACAUGAAGCUCCAUGGGGUACCCAGGCCUCUUGCAAUGCGGAAGGAGGGGAUUCAAACCAGGAAACGAAAGCCCAAGAACCUGAAUAAAUCUAAGGCCUCAGCAGGUCCUCCUGGUGAGAGCCUCCCUCCCAGCAGCAGUGCCUCCAGCAACUCCAGCAACGCCACCACCACCAGCAGCAGCAGCAGCAGCGAAGAGAUGCGCCCCAUCAAGACAGAGCCUGGGUUGUCAUCUCACUAUGGGCACAGCACCUCCAUAUCCCAGGCAUUCUCUGUCAGUGCUGUGUCUGGCCACGGGCCCUCCGUCCACCCAGUGCUGUCGGCUCUGAAGCUCUCCCCACAAGGCUAUGCAUCUCCUGUCACUCAGACAUCACAGGCCAGCUCCAAGCAGGACUCUUGGAACAGCCUAGUCCUGGCUGACAGUCAUGGGGACAUAAUUACUGCAUAAUCGCCCCCUUCCCCUCUUCAAAUUCCUGCUCGGACUUGGGACCUGGGGGCCAGCAAAGUCUGAGUCUGGGGCACCCUGGCCAGCCCCUUUGUCUGGGAACAACUCCCGAAGAACAACUGGGUAGAACUUGAAGUUGUUGACAAUCACUUAGGCAUGUGGGUGCUGGGUUCCUUCAAACACCUUUCCCAGGUGGAGCACUGGAAAGAGCCUGCGUUCUUAGAGACAAUCCCACCUUCACUGCGAACACAGCACGGUGAGACUCUUCAGUGUAGCAGGAGACUUCUUUCUCAUUCUCCACCUGCUUGUCCAGGACAGAGACAUAAUCUCCUUCACCCUAACUCUCCAACCCAGUGAUUCUAGGUAGUGGGUUUUUCUUUAUGCUCCUAAGGUGGCUGUAGGGGCCUGAGCUUCAAGACACCAUCUACAGCCUGAGCAGGGUGUCUACUUGAUGUGGGCUGGACGUGGCAGCCCUGCCCUUGUCCAACACUCCCCUUGAAGCAUGGCAUGUCCCUGCAUGCCCCCCCAUGCCAGAUCUGACUCCAAAGGUGCUGGGUGCAAUGCAGAUGUCACUGAGUUCUCCGCUGGGGAGAUGGCGGAGAAGGCAUAUCACCCAUCGCACAGGAUAUCCAUCAAAUCACAGCCCAGCAGCGGUGCCUUCCCUUCUUCCUCUCCUGGGAACUCUGACGUUUUACCUUGCUCUCCAGCCUGAACAUCUUCUACGCUCUGCAAACUAGAGCUCAGUUGUGUAGCGGGCCAGGGGAACUUGGUGCUGCUCUUAGCAUCCUUUUAUACCCCGUCACACACAGGGGUUCCCCAGAGGAACAAAACCUGCUACUGAAGCAGGCUGGUGACUGUGCUCAUCUGCACCUCUGACGGCUGUGUCUACAGUACAACCCUGUUCCCAGAGCUCCAGCUUGCUGCUUGUUCUGAGCCUGCCAGGCCAUGGCCUCUCAAGUCAGACAGUUACCUGGAUCUGGGCCUUUCUCCAGCAAGGAUCCUUUCUCUAGGAAGUACAGCGUUGUUUGCAAGAUAAACUCAAAGCAGAAACAACAAAAGGAAAUUUGUGCAAGGACAAAGGUGACUGACGGAUGGAAGAUGUCUUGGGGCCUGAUGGGAUUGCCAUGCGUGUGGCUGUCCUAGAAUUGGUCUUCUCUCUCACCCAUUACAGGGGUCCCCAAAGAUUCUUCCUUGUCAUCAUCACCCACAGAGCUGUAGCCAAUUAUGGCAUUGCCCAUUGUACCCCAAAUUCCCAGCCCCACCCUAAACCUUGCUGGCCGUAGCAGAGAAUAGCUUUGAACCAAGAUCCUGUUGUAAUCAUCAUUUACACUGUUUUCUCCCUCAAGGCCACCCUCCCAUAUCCCCCCACCCCACAACCUGUUAACAUUGUCUUAAGGUGAAAUGGCUGUAAAAUCAGUAUUUAACUAAUAAAUUUAUCUGUAUUCCUC